AUGGAGCCGGGACUGCCGGCGGGACGGACGGCUAUGGCGCCGCUGCUGGAGUACGAGCGGCAGUUGGUGCUGGAACUGCUCGACACCGACGGGCUGGUGGUGUGCGCCCGCGGGCUCGGCGCGGACCGGCUCCUCUACCACUUCCUCCGGCUGCACUGCCACCCGGCCUGCCUGGUGCUGGCGCUCAACACGCAGCCCGCCGAGGAGGAGUAUUUUAUCAAUCUGCUGAAGCUAGAAGGAGUUGAACAUCUCCCUUGCCGUGUAACAAGUGAAAUCGCAAGUAACAGUCGUUAUGAGGUUUACACACGAGGUGGCGUUAUAUUUGCAACAAGUCGUAUACUUGUGGUUGAUUUCUUGACUGAUAGAAUACCUUCAGAUUUAAUUACUGGCAUCUUGGUGUAUAGAGCCCACAGAAUCAUCGAGUCUUGUCAAGAAGCAUUCAUCUUGCGCCUCUUUCGCCAGAAAAACAAACGUGGUUUUAUAAAAGCUUUUACAGACAAUGCUGUUGCCUUUGAUACUGGUUUUUGUCAUGUGGAAAGAGUGAUGAGAAACCUUUUUGUGAGGAAGCUAUAUCUGUGGCCAAGGUUCCAUGUAGCAGUAAACUCAUUUUUAGAACAGCACAAACCUGAAGUCGUAGAAAUUCAUGUCUCUAUGACACCUGCCAUGCUGGCUAUACAGACUGCUAUACUGGACAUAUUAAAUGCAUGUCUGAAGGAACUAAAGUGCCAUAACCCAUCGCUUGAAGUGGAAGAUUUAUCUUUAGAAAAUGCUAUUGGAAAACCUUUUGACAAGACAAUCCGCCAUUAUCUUGAUCCUUUAUGGCACCAGCUUGGAGCCAAGACUAAAUCCUUGGUUCAGGAUUUGAAGAUACUACGAACUUUGCUGCAGUAUCUCUCUCAGUAUGAUUGUGUUACAUUCCUUAAUCUUCUGGAAUCUCUGAGAGCAACAGAAAAGGCUUUUGGUCAGAAUUCAGGCUGGCUCUUUCUUGACUCCAGUACCUCGAUGUUCGUGAAUGCACGAGCAAGGGUUUACCAUGUUCCAGAUGCCAAAAUAAGUAAAAAAGGCAAAACUUCUGAAAAAAUGGAGAUUAAUGAAGGACAAGAAGCUAAAAAGGAGCUGGUCUUAGAAAGCAGCCCGAAGUGGGAGGCACUAACGGAAGUAUUGAAAGAGAUUGAAGCAGAAAAUAAGGAGAGCGAAGCCCUUGGUGGUCCAGGCCAAGUACUUAUUUGUGCCAGUGAUGAGCGAACAUGCUCCCAGCUGAGGGACUAUAUCACUCUCGGAGCAGAGGCCUUCUUACUGAAGCUCUACCGGAAAACCUUUGAGAAGGACAGCAAAGCUGAAGAAGUGUGGAUGCAAUUUAGAAAGGAGGACAGUUCAAAGAGAAUUAUGAAAUCCAGCAAAAGACCCAAAGGCCCCCAAAACAAAGAACGGGCUUCCACCAAAGAAAAGACUCUCAAAAAGAAAAAACGAAGGUUGACUUUAACUCAGAUGAUAGGAAAAUCUGAGGAACUGGAAGAGGAAGGGGAUGUCGAGGAAGGAUUUCAUAGAGAAAUAAGCAGUAGCUCAGAAAGCCGUUUGGAAGAAAUUAAACAUGAAGAAUUUGAUUUAAAUUUAUCAUCAGAUGCUGCUUAUGGAAUCCUGAAAGAACCCCUGACUAUCAUCCAUCCACUUCUGGGUUGUAGCGACCCCUAUGCUCUGACAAGGGUACUCCAUGAAGUGGAGCCAAGAUAUGUGGUUCUCUAUGAUGCAGAGCUAACGUUCGUACGUCAGCUGGAAAUUUACAGGGCAAGUAGGCCUGGGAAACCUCUGAGGGUUUACUUUCUCAUAUAUGGAGGUUCAACUGAGGAACAGCGCUAUCUCACUGCUUUGCGGAAAGAAAAAGAAGCUUUUGAAAAGCUCAUAAGGGAAAAGGCUACCAUGGUUGUCCCUGAAGAAAGGGAAGGCAGAGAUGAAACAAACCUAGACUUAGUAAGAGGCACAGUGUCUACAAACGUUUCUGCUGACACCCGCAAAGCCGGUGGCCAGGAACAGAAUGGUACGCAGCAAAGCAUAGUUGUGGAUAUGCGCGAAUUUCGAAGUGAACUCCCGUCUCUGAUUCAUCGUCGGGGCAUUGACAUUGAACCGGUGACGUUAGAGGUUGGAGAUUACAUCCUGACUCCAGAAAUGUGCGUGGAACGCAAGAGUAUCAGUGAUUUGAUCGGUUCUUUAAACAACGGUCGCCUCUACAGCCAGUGCAUCGCCAUGUCCCGCUAUUACAAGCGACCUAUGCUUCUGAUCGAGUUUGACCCUAAUAAGCCUUUCUCCCUCACUUCCAGAGGUGCCUUAUAUCAGGAGAUCUCCAGCAAUGACAUUAGUUCCAAACUCACUCUCCUUACACUUCACUUCCCCAGACUCCGGAUUCUCUGGUGCCCCUCCCCUCAUGCAACUGCCGAGCUGUUUGAGGACCUCAAACAAAAUAAGCCACAACCUGAUGUGGCAACAGCACUGGCCGUUACAGCAGAUUCAGAAACCCUGCCCGAGUCAGAAAAGUAUAAUCCUGGUCCCCAAGACUUCUUGUUAAAAAUGCCAGGGGUAAAUGCCAAAAACUGUCGCUCCUUGAUGAGCCACAUUAAGAACAUCGCAGAAUUAGCAACCCUGUCCCAAGACAAGCUCACAAGUAUACUGGGGAAUGCUGCAAAUGCUAAGCACCUAUAUGACUUCAUUCACGCCUCUUAUGCAGACGUUGUCUCUAAGGGAAAAGUGAAAAAAUGAGCAGUGGUGGCUGUUUUCUGAUCCCAUGACUGUGCUUUUCAAUUGCACUUUGCCAGCCAUCAUAGGGCAUUAUUAAUCAUUAGCUCGGUACUUCAUUCUCUUUUAGUGCUUUUAAUGAUUGUGCAUUCUGUUUCAAGGUCACUGGACCAGAAGCCAAGGUUCCUCUCUGAACUCUGCAUUUAGGCAUCGUAUUAACUUCCCCGCGUCUGCUCUCCCCUUCCCUGCACUGUCCAUGCCAGAGUUGGUAUAUUCAAUUUUUAAAUGAGGUGUGUCAGGAUCAGGUAAAGUUUCUUCAAGUGUUUAUUAUGGAAGGCCAUUUUUGAAACAAGCAGAAAUCUGUGUUUGCUUCACAAACUGAUAAAAUACACGGUCAUGCUCCUACCCUCUGUCUACACAGAGGCACUCUGGAACACUGAGAAGGGACAUCUCUUUGCCAUUCCUGACCUGUUCUCUCUCUCACAUUUUCUUCAACCCCAAGCUUCUGCCACCUGUCUGCGUCUAAGGAAAAUUCACGGGGCUUUCCUUCUACUAAUUUGAGACAGCCAUCUCUCAAGCUGGCUGACUAGUCUUAUCACCUGAAUGUAUGUAGUGUGUACUAUAACUUGACUGUUCAAAACUAGUAUUUUUAAGACAUAAAAUGAAUUUGAUGGUGUAGGUGAAAGAGCCCUUGGAAUUCUGUUUUUACACAUAUUCAACCUAAAAUCAGAAAUCUCUAAGCCCAAUAGCAAGUUAUAGAGUCUUUUAAGGCGUCUCUUCCCAGCUCUCCUCACAUAUCCUAAGACGUCAGCACCAUUUCCCCUAGAAGUGCAACACCAGCUCAUCCUCUCUGAUUCUCCAUUCCUCAUGUUCCUGUGCCAGAGGGCCCUACCUGCUGUGUGUGAGGACUCAAACACAAGCAGAUGAGUGGCCCACAAAGCUUUUAAGAUUUGGCUUUUCUUCCUUGAGUUGAGAUAAAAGGAUUGUAGAUAAGUGGAAGAUCAAUGCAUAGAAUAUAUAAAAAUUCAGAAGAAAUAUAUGUGUUUAAAAACCCAUAAAGUAAUCCCGUUCUAAACCUUCUGAUUGAUUUAGGUUGGCUUUUUACUGAAGUGUACAUACAGGAUGUUCAUAGCAUCUUUGCUCAGUUUUUAAACUUUUAUAUUUAAACAUUAUUAACUUAGCUAUGAUUUAAAUAUUUCGUAAUGAGUAGUACAUUUUCUACCUCAAGAGCUAAUAUAGACAUCAAUUUUGCUAGCCAUAUCACAUAGUUUAGCAUUUCAUCAAUGUCAGCUAUUUUUUUGCUUAUUACACUGUUCGAAGAGACAGUGGACCACAUGACACAAAAUUGUCUUCAACUUUAACAAAAGUGCUUUUAACUAUCCUUUCCAAACUGAACCACUCAUAUUGGCAUCUUGAUUUAUUGGUAUUUAACAGUAUAGAUGGAUUUAGAGUACUGUAAGAAUGAAUUGAGGGGUGUCAAGAACCAGAUUUGUGUCCGUGGACCUCUGUGAGGCAAUGUGGACAGAAACACACAUGAAUUUAAGGUAGAAUGAAGAUUUGGGCUAUUUUUGUCCCGGGGUUAAAAAUAUGCCCUCUACAAUAGAAAACAAAAAUAUUGAAUGAUUACAUUAAUGUUAACAUUCACUUUCGUAUUUAUUGUUUUAUUGAAGUUUAAUCAUAGUUUGAAGUAUGUUAAAAUAAUAUAUCACUUCAAAUGGUAAUGGUUAUUAUGUUUCUUCACUCUUUUCUAGCACUUCUGUUUGUGGUAUGUAAUCUCUAUUUUUUCUUCUUGUAUAAUUCCACCUGCCUUUUGUUGUUUUCAUUACAUAAAAGGAAAAGCUUAACAUAGCACAUUCUGUGAUUGGGGUUUUAAUCCAAGUUAAGUUUUCAAAAAUAAGCUCGUCUUAAAGCUACCAUUUUAAACAGUUCUUGUUGUCUAGUAAAUAACAGUCUUAAUUGUAUUUAGUGCCAGUGUUCUUUGGCUCUCAAAAUCUAUAUGCUGUUGUACCUACUGAACGCAAGUGCACUGUCUCAUGUAUUUUAAUUAUGAUCGAUAAUUUCUGAUGAACUCUAAAAUGGUCAUUAUAGAUGAAAGACUCUCACUGCCACUUCU